AUGGACAACUACUACUAUUCAUUGAAGGAGGAGCAGAUUCAAUUCUACAAAGAAAAAGGUUAUCUGCUUAUUGAGGGCUUCCUCAACGAGGCCGAGGUCCAGCUUCUCCAGCAAUGGUCCCAGGAGGUUCACGACCUGCCUCGCACUCCUGAAGUGCCGUGGAUGCCCUAUGAAGAAGUGAAUGCGUAUGGACAGAAAGUCCUCUGUCGUACGGAAAACUUCGCCAACAGCCAUGCGGGAUUCGGUAGCUUCCUGCGAGGCCAACGAGUGUUGAGCGUGCUCGAGCAGCUGGCCACGGAGGAAAUGCUUCUCUUUAAAGAAAAGAUCAAUUACAAGCUUGCAGGAAGCGGCGGGUUUGACCCUCACAUCGAUGCCAACGCAUACACUCACGUCAAGGACAUCAAGCACCUGACGGUUCUUGCAGCUGUUGACGAAAUGAAUGCUGAAAAUGGCGGCCUGGAAGUGGUUGACGGCAGUCACCUCAUGGACAUUCCGCUAGGUCGUGAUCGUUGCAUUGAGCAAUCGUGGGUUGAGAGCCACGAGUGGACAUCAUGUAAUCUCAAACCUGGCGACAUCCUCAUCUUCGGGUCCUACCUCGCCCACCGAAGCGGCGCGAACAGAAGCACGAAAGACCGAAGAGCCAUUUAUGCUACUUUCAACCGUAAAGCUGAAGGUGAUCUUCAUGAUCAGUACUACGAAGAUCGCAAGAAGCUGUGGCCCGCUACGCACAUGCGGAAAGAGGGCGAGUCGUAUGAGGAGGGUAGAGCGCGUUAUGCAUUCGGUUCGCCGAUGCUGACUGUCGACGGUCGUGGAGCGGUUGUUAUAUAG